AUGGAAACUCCAGCUCACCCUCACGUCAUUGUCGUUGGCGGUGGUAUUAUUGGUGCCGCAAUCGCCUGGCAUUUGGCUCAUCACACUAGCGUGACCAUCGUCGCAGAGGAUGUUGGUGGGCCCGCCUCCAAGGCCUCUUUCGCUUGGCUUAAUGCGAGCUCCGUCAGCCAAAGAUUCUACUAUGACUUUCGUCGACGAUCCCUACAGAGAUGGAAACAAAUCCAUACGGAGCUUCCAGAACUUCCAAUUUCCUGGAGUGGAUCCAUCAACUGGCACAAGACUACCGAGGUCAUGGCCAAGACCGAGAGUAACCUGACUGCAUGGGGAUACGAUAUCGCCAACUUGAAGAGGUCUGAAGUUUCUAAGCAGGAGCCAUUUCUUCAUCAGUCUACCCUGCCGGAUUGGGCCCUCCACUACCCUGAAGAGGGUUCUAUGGAAGCCCACAUUGUCGCACAGGUGCUCGUAGCCAGUGCAGAGGCCAGAGGCAACGUAAAGGUAAUCAGAGCGACAGCAAAAGGGUUUUUCAAGAACAAUGGCAAAGUCACAGGCGUUGAGCUGGCAUCUGGCGAGAAGGUCUUUGGCGAUCACAUUGCCGUGGCUGCUGGCUUGGGCACUGUACCCCUCCUGGCAACUGAAGGAAUCACGGUCCCUAUCAACUCGGUACCAGCACUGAUUGUGAACUCGAAACCCAUCAAAGACAGUUUGGUCAGGCAUGUAGUCAACUCGAAAUAUCUAUACAUUCGGCAGACAUCAGAUGGAGUCGUCAAGGCGGGUUGCGAGAAUCCAGGCGAUGAUCCAGGCAACGAUCCAGAAGAAACGGCCCGUCAGGUCUUCUCCCAGAUCCAAUCGACGCUGGUUGGAGGAGAGAAACUCGCGUUUGACUAUUACACGGUCGGUUACAAGCCAACUCCCAGAGACGGUCUGCCAAUCAUUGGACCAACUGGCCUCAAAGGCGUCAGUGUCGCGGUCAUGCACUCUGGUGUCACAAACGCUGCUAUUGUCGGAGAACUGCUCAGCAAACAGAUCAUCACGGGCGAGGUAGACCCAGAACUUGAGAAUUUCCGUCUCGAUAGAUUCAACAACUAA